GUCCUGCUGAAAGGUGAAUUAAUCUCCCAGUACCUGGUGGAAAGCAGACUGAACCAGGUUUUCCUUUAGGAUUUUGCCUGUGCUUAGCUCCAUUACAUUUAAUUUGUAUCCUAAAAAAAACUCUCCAGUCCUUAACGAUUACAAACAAGCAUACCCAUAACUUGAUGCAGCCACCACUAGCUUUAAAAUAUGGAGAGUGGUACUCAGUAAUUUGUUGUAUUGAAUUUGCCCCAAAAAGAGCACUGUAUUCAGGACCCAAAAACGAUUGCUUAGCAAUUUUUUGGGCAAAAAGUAUUUUUAGUCUGUACAGCCUUCCUUCUUUUCCAUCUAUCAGUUAGGUUAGUAUUGUGGAGUAACUACGAUUUUGUUGAUCCAUCCUCAGUUUUCUCCUAACAUAGCCAUUAAACUAACUGUUUUAAAGUCACCAUUGCCCUCAUGGUGAAAUCACUGAGUGGGUUCCUUACCAUCCACCAAAUUAGUUAGAAAGGAUGCCUGUAUCUUUGUAGUGACUAGAUGUAUUGAUACACCAUCCACGGUUUAAUUAACUUCAUCAUGUUUAUCUACCAAUAGGUGCCCUUCUUUGCGAGGCAUUGGGAAAACCUCCCUGGUCUUUGUGGUUGAAUCUGUGUUUGAAAUCCACUGCUUGACUGAGGGACCUUACAGAUAAUUGUGUGGGGUACAGAGAUCAGGUAGUCAUUUGAAAAUCAUGUUCAACACUAUUAUGUGACUUGUUAAGUAAAUGUGUACUCCUGAACUUAUUUUGGCUUGCCAUAACAAAGGGAUUGAAUACUUGUUGAAUCAAGACAUUUCAUCUUCUCAUUUUCUAUUAAUUUGUGAACAUUUCUAAAAACAUAAUUCCACUUUGACAUUAUGGGCUAUUGUGUGUAGACCAGUAACACACAAUCUCAAUUUAAUCCAUUUUAAGCACAACAAAAUGUGGAAAAUGUCAAGGGGUGUAAAUACUUUCUGAAGGCACUGCAGCUAUACCCAGGGGAGUCAUUUGGGUUUCUGCAUUGGAAUAUUGAAAUAUGCUUAUAUCACACUAUACCACAAUAAACAAAGUUCAAAUGCCAACACCAUAGAGUGCUUUUGACCAAAAGUGACAGGUUGGCACGGAAUCUCUGCUGUGCUCUAUCCGCACCAUUGACAGUCCCUUACACAUUAAAGCAAGGCCAUUGAAAACAUAGGCUAGCUACGGAAGUCAUUUUGCCAUUCCAUGCCCUCGAUUUUUGCUGAAAUGACACCACUGACAAGAUUUUGAUAAAAACCAUCCAGCUAGAUUGUUUCUUACCUUGGCAGCAUCAUGCUGUGAGGAUGUUUUUGAGCGGCAGGGACUGGGAGAGAGAUCCUUGAUGAAAACCUGCUCCAGAGUGCUCAGGACCUAAGACUGGGGCGAAGGUUCACCUUCCAACAGGACAUAACCUUAAACCACACAGCCAAGACAACGCAGGAGUGGCUUCGGGACAGAUCUCUGAAUGUUCUUGAGUGGCCCAGCCAUAUCCCGGACUUGAACCAGAUCGAACAUCUCUGGAGAGACCUGAAAAUUGCUGUGCAGCGACGCUCCCCAUCCAACCUGACAGAGCUUGAGAGGAUCUUCAAAGAAGAAUGCAAGAAAAUCCACAAAUACAGGUGUGCCAAGCCAAGACUCAAGAUCCUGUGAGUGCUGACCGUUUCUUUUCCUCGACUUCUGCAGAUGGCAAAACCAUCUUAAAGAUAGCUCCAGCCGCAGUCAUGACCCUCCCGACUCCUCGGCCUCCUCCCCAGGUUUCCCCAGAGUUCUCCUACCAGGCCAUCGUGUACUUGAUCGAAGCAGUGGGGCGCCGCUGGAGCCUGUACGGGACGCGGGAGCGUUCGCAGCUCUUCCAGAGCGUGCAGAAGGAGUUGGAGGAGCAGGGUCAUUGUCUUCCCGUUGAGAAGAUCCGCCGCAAGUGGAACAACUUGAUCGUCACCUACAAGAGGGUCAAAUACAGAGGCAGGGAGACCGGCCAGGCCAGAACCUCCUGGGAGUACUUUGAGAUGAUGGAUGCCAUGCUUGGUGACACCAUUGGCGCCGAGACCACUAGCAGCCCUACCCUAGUAACCAGCAUCCCUAAGGUGAACGUCGCCAUGGAAACCGCCAAAACAGAGCAGAAGCCCCUCCUUCCCCAUGGCAACCUCAUCACUGCAUGCACUCGGACACUCACCCUUGUCCCCUCCUCCCUCCCACUCCACACGCCAGUUCCCUCCACCCUCCCUCUCUACACCUUUGUCAGAUCCCUCCCUCCCCCUACCCCCGUCCGCUCCUCCCUCCCUCUUCCCACCCCCUUGGACACACCCUCCCCCAGGAUAGCCAAUAACACAGACCCUCUACAGCCAAACCCCUCCCCUGCUCCGGUCGCAAAGCCCCCUGCCUCCCGUCACAUCCCCUCCAACCUCAGCCGCAUAGACCUCCGCAGAAAGAAGCGCUGUCGCUUCCUCUCCAAGGGAUCCUCCAUUACCUCCCUUCUGGCCCAGCAGCAGAGGCGAGCGGAAGAAGGCACCUCCUUGCUGCAGGAGUUCCUGAGGAGGCAGGAGGGGCAGGCCAAGGAGGAGCAGGGGCAUCGCAGCAGGAUGGAGGCCCGGGGGAGGAGGCGCGAGAGGAGGGAGGCGCGCAUGGCAGAGUCCCUGGGUAGGAUGGCAACGGCUCUGGAGCUGCUUUCCUCCAAACAGGACACAGUCAUUGCCCUGCUGCAGAGACUGGCUGAGAGAGACAGGAAGUGACAGUCAUCGCCCCGGGUUGUCACUAACUUCUAUAGCCACAAAGCCAUAAUUAUGGCUAAACCCCGCCUAUUUUUACUCUUCAUCUUCUUAAAUUUAGAUUUUUAAACCUAACAUUAACCACACUACUAACCUUAUGCCUAAUCUUAAAAUAAGUACCAAAAGCUCAUAUUUGUUUUCAUGAAUUUUGAGUUUAUGGCUAUAUAAUCUAGUGGAAACGCUGCUGCACAGACUAGCUGAAGUGACACUGUAAUCGCCCUACUGCAGAGCCUGGCCGAGAGACGGGGAGGCUGACUCAGCAUGCGACCGAAGGGGUACUCUUUUUCCCUAUAUUGUGCACUCUUUAUGAGCUAAAACCCAGUGAAAACCCACCUUGUGUCCCAGGUCUAAAUUGGUCCCUGAUUAGAGGGAACUGGGUUCGAGGUUCAUAUUCGAAUUUGCAUAAUGUAAGGAAUAGGGUGCAAUUUCGGACGCGAGACUCAGAUAAUGUUAAUUGAUUGUGUUGUAGAAUUUACAAUGGAAUAACAAUUUUGAUUGAUUAAAUGGUUAAUUAAUUAAUGAUUGAUCAUGAUAAUCAAAGUAAUUUACAAUAGCAGCAUUUGUUUGCAGCAGUUAUGGCUGGAGAAACCGGUGUGGUGAGUGGAAACCACAAUUUAGGCCUACACAGAUGGAUAAGGAUUGUGAAAUAGUAGGUGAGACUUGUUCUCACUAGUCUGGGAUCUGGUCCAACCAGUAACUCCCGAAACACACACACACACACACACAGCCUUCUCAACGGUUUGAUUGUCAGGCAGCAUGCAUGAGGCCGAUUCAGACCGAGGCAGAUGCAGACACUCUGAGACAGGCUAACAAUCAUAGAGAACAGCACCUGUAGCUACAGUAAGUGAAUUGUUUGACAAGGAUUAUCUUAAAUGAUAGCAAUGUUUUCUAAAUUGGUGUUUUCAUAGUGUUGCCGGCUUGUAAAAAAAAAAAAACUGAAACAUACUGUAUAGUCAAGGUGCGUAAAUCGAAUCAUUGAGGAUGACACAAAAGUCUCGACUUAUUUCCAUCGUGGUUCUCUAACCUAUAGAUGCAACCAGUACCUCGGUGAUGGAGAGGGAUCUCCUUAGAAGAGGCACCUUCAGUGGUCAACGUGAGACAGACUGAAGGAACUGAUCCACUCUGAGGGGGUGGGGAUAUCAGAUAACCAAAUUCUGGUUUCACCUUUCGCUAAGAAAAACAGGUUGCCUCAACUCAUCCAAUGGAGACAGAAACAAUGAGAGGGUGAUUGACUGUACAGUUUAGGUGAUUCAGUAAAAAAAAACAAUUGUUCGUAAAAAACAAAACGAUGGGAGAGGGAACAGAGAGAGACAGAUCGUUCUCCAUCCAGGGGAGAAGAAAAUACGAGAAGGACGUAGGAGGAGGGGGUAUAUGCUGGAGCAUCAUGGGACGUCAGUGGGCGUUUGUAAGGGCCACACUGAUAGUGGUGAGUCUGGGAGCUCUCUUUCUCUCUCUUGGAGCAUGGACAGUACUGGGACUGGAAGACAUGGAGGAGGAGAGUCCAGGGGAAGUGGAGUCACUGCCACCAGCAAGACCGCUGGACUACCACCUCUGUGUGGAGCUGGUGUUGAGAACCACAGCCAGAGGGGGUGCCAUCGGGCUUCUGAGAGGACUAGCAGCCAUCUCAGUGGUCUGGAUAGCAGAGGUCCUGUCUGGGUCUAAUGGCCUGGUUGCAUCGGUCCUCCGCGCCCCCUUCUUGGGGCUUCUGAUCGGGCUGGGGGUGGGUGCUGCAGAUGGGGUGGGCAGGGUGGAGGAGCUCCUAGAGCCUGGGGUGUGGUGGGAGGUUGUGGGUAACGGGGUGAGCGGGACCUGUGUGGGGGCCAGGGUGGCAGCAGUGAGUGGGGUGGUCAUCGCUGGUUUGAUGAGCAUCAUGACGGUCAGGGCAGUGAAGAAUGUGGCAAAGAGCGGCGAGAUCAGGAUGGCACAGUUCAUUACCGUGUCAGUGGCUGUGGGGGCUGCUAGGAUGGUGCUGUGUUUGGCUCCCGGGUGCAUGGCCACAGGAGCCUUGGUAGUAUCCAUCCUAGGGACACGGAGGGACCUCCACAACUUGGGGGCCCUAGUUGUGCUGGGGUUUGGGUGGUGUGCAGGGCAAAGGUGGCUUGGUGGUGGUGUGUCAGUUUUCUUGGUGUGGGAUAAAUUGGGGCAACUCUCACCCAGACAUCUAAUAGGAAGGUUAGUGGGCUUGACUGUAGCUGUGGUUGGAUCCAUGUGCCUGGGGUUCUCUCUGCAGAUGUACUCAGCUCUGGUCAGUGUGAUACUGGGUGCUUCUAUAGCCUUUCUGUCCUGGAGGGGUGGGGAGGCUGUUUGUAAAGUUUUUGCUGAGGUGGUAGAGAGAUUAUUUGUAGCUAUAAGCAUCAAUACAUAUCAUGGACAAGAAGAGAUACUUUUGAAUACCUUUGGAUGGGGAAUGAGGCCUCUCGAUGCUUGACAUAUUUGUCUUCUAAUUUUGUUGUGAUUAAUUACUGUGAUUAGUUGUCUAAAAUGCAUUUAUUUUCCGACAUGACUGUUACAAAUGUUAAAAGUUUAGAAUUUGUCAAAUAGGGCUGCAGAAAGUACAUUUUGUAGUGAACUUUAAUAUUUGCAACCACAAAACACAAUAAAACUACAUAUCCUUUUCCAGAAAGGAGCACAGUUUUAGAAUUCAGAAUAAAGACGGGUGUAGUAGUUAGCCUGUAGAAUGAACAAGACUAUGAAAACAACAUGAUUUCCACUAGAUGGCCCAGCCACAAGGUCAAAAUUGUCUAUCCUAAAAAAUGUAUGAAAAUAAAAAUGUGCUUUUUGGUUAAA